AUUCGAGUUGAAAAAGCGUUGGUCUCAUUUUCCUCAUUCAUCGAGUCUUAAUUUAUUCAUACGUUGAUAACCGAGUGUGAUUGAUAUCCUGAUUCUCGAGUACUUUUGCUCAAUUUUGCUCAAAUUAUAAAGGUAAAAAUGGAAUCAGGAAACCUUAGAUCUUCUUCGAGAUAUUAUGGAGGAGGAUAAAGAUUUCACAAAUACUUGGGAAAUUUAUUGUUCAUCUGAGACAGAACGAGUUAGAUCAAAUACUUUGCCUGGAUUGUUGCCGUCCAACGAGCAACCGUUCAAAUAUAACACAAGCGACAAUUCUUUAUUCAGACCAUCCAGCUGCGAACUAUAUGGGAUUAACGAAGAAUUAAGCAUGAGGUUCCAAGAUAGGAUGUGGAAAGUUAACAGUGACCAUAUGAGUACAUGGGUUUUUCCUCACUACGAUCACGGUAUUGAAAACCUGAACUGGAGCACGCAAUGUAAUCAAGGAUCGUUCGUAAAAAACACUACACUAAUGAAAGAUCAAUUGGAACAUAUGGAAGUUGAAGCAGAAUCAGCGAGUCAAUCAGCAGAUGAACAUACUGCAUAUCAACCAGAGACUGCUAAAAUUAAAUCUGUUAUUUUUUCAAAGAAAACUAGUUUGCGCCCAAAAUUGAAAAUAAAAUCUGAGAAACAAAAACCUGAGAAGAGACACGGCUCAAAUCCUGUGAACGAAGACAAUAUGACACCUAUGAAGAAAUGGAAGGAUUAUGAUGUAUUAGACAAUCUCCGUCCGAUUGUUCCGUCUGAUUCGUCUGCCGUUUCUACUUCUAAUAGCUGCGACGAACGCGAGGAUCCUCAAGCUAAACAUCCGCCGAAAACGAAAAAGAAUUUUUUCUUAUGCAAACGUUCUAUGUUUGUACUAUUAUUAUCUACGAUACUCGUGACUAUUAUCUCGGUGUACUUGUAUGAAAAUCAGGAGACUCGUAAGCAUAGCAAUGAUUUUGCGAAUGCCGUUGGUGAAUUGAAAAAGCGGAUUCACGGUCAUAACAACUUGCAGAAAUUCUGUGAAUAUCUUCAGAGUGAUCUACCUUCCUUCAAGGUGAUAGUCCUCUUCGGUGACACAGGCGUCGGUAAAUCAUACACGGCAGAUAUCAUAAGAAGUAAUUUCCCGAGAAAGUAUGCUAUUCGUCAGUAUUUCCCGCCACUGGAAGCCGUGAACGACAUCAACCUUCCUCUCUUAUAUCCGAAUCUAAUCAUCCUGGAAAAUUUGAAAAAACGUGAUUUGGCGGUCGUCGUAAACUUUCUAAAGGCCCGUCAAGACACGUAUAAGGAUCGCCUUGUGACCGUACUGGCCAUUUUCAAUUUUGAAGAUUUAAUUGAUCUCAAUGUACGAAUAAGAAAUCAGCUCCGCGAUGCAACCGUAAUAGAAAACGCUUUUCUCGAUAAAAAUAUCGAAGUUGAAAUUUUUUUCUAUGAGUCUUUAAACGAGACUGCCUUGGAGAGUUGCAUUAUAGAUGCGAUUAAAGAAAGCAAGUUGACGCUCAACAAAAAACAAUUUGAUCUUGUUAAAGAAAAUCUGUUGAUACAUGGGGCUGGUUGUAAAAGGGCCUAUAGGUAUGUUCAGCUGAUCGGUAGGCAACGUGAAUGAAUGUAAAAAUCGAUACAAUUCCUUAUAAAAACCAAAAGACUGAUGAAAUCAUUACGUAUUUUACGACUGACAUAACAAACGAUCGAUUGCGACAUGUAUUUUUUUUUGUAUAUAUACUUUAUGUAAUUGUUUCAAUUACUAUAUGAGUGCUUUCCAGUUGCUUAACACAUUUUAACACAAAUGUACACAAGAAUAAAGUAUAGCAUUGUGCAUGACUCAGUUAGAACAAAUGUGUCGCUGUAUGUACACGGUUUAGGCAAGGAUAGAGUUAAAUUAAAAGUAGCUUUUUCCACUUGUAUUGAAUGAGAAGCAAAAAUGCAGGUCACUCAAUAUCUUCCAAUCUCAUUUAUAGCUGCCGUGAUUAGUAAUAUGUAAUUGUCACAAAAACACAAACUUACACAAUCGACUGGUAGCCUUUGGUCUGAGUACGGAUAUAUGUCACUGAUUACGAUAAUUGAUACAACUUGUGUCGCUGUGUAUACGAAAGUUUGUAGUGAUUUUACAAUUGGAAAGCAACCUAUGUAUUGUAAUAAUCUUAAGAUCAUAAGUAGUUCCUACCGAGCGAAUACAUUUUCUGAGUGUAAAUAUUUUUCAAAAUGCGUUUCCGCUUUGAUUAAUUAAAUGAUCGUCGGUCGAUCCUCUCU